AUGGCAUCAAGCGAUGGAUCACUUGUCAAGCAGGCCAUCGCGCUGCUCGAUAAGUUCAACGCAGGCAGAGAGUGUCUGGAUGACUUCAUGGAAGAUGCUCAAAAGGAUCUGCAGAACGUGGACGCUCUGCAGGAGAAGUUCAUACUUGAUGUUGUCUCUGGAUGCAUCGAGCACAAAAAGUUACUGGACGUAGUUGUCAGUGUCUUCUAUGGCCAGAAUGGGAAGUGCUUGUCCAGACGUGAUCGCAGCCAGUUUGUCAUUGUCUGUUACCUCGCCACAUUUGCUCUCGACGACCUUGGACUUCAGCGUUUUAGCAACAUUAUCAAAUCACUGGACAUCAAGAAGAUGCAAACAUUCCUGACUUUCUUCUUCACGAACCUCACCACGUGGAUACAAGAGGAGUGGAAUAAAAUCUAUGAUGCUGCCUAUGUGGAGAAACACUGGAUUGGCCCUCUGCUGAGGUGGCGCCCUGAGAUCGAUCUUCUCAUUGAGCGGCUUGCUGUCAGAAUAUCUCGCGGGAGUCAGGUCAGGAAAGCUCCAGUUAAAACCACCGUGCCCGAGGAGUUCUCUCUCACCAAGCCUAAACCUCCACCCCUGCCCAUGCCUGAGCUCAUCCCACAGCAGGAAAAAUGCAAACCAGUACCAAACAGCACAUACAGGGCCCCAAAGGAGAUGCAGAAGAUGGAGGAGAUCAAAGAAAAGAACCAGCAAAAGACUGAGGAACUGCUCCAUGAGGCAAAUAUAAAACAGUUCAGAUGUGCAAAUCCGCAUAAGUCUGAAAACACUCAGAAAGUGAUGUCUCAGAUUAAGGCGGACUUUGAUUCAAAACUCAAGUUCAACUCAUUUCGCUCAUCUGGACUUCCUUCCAGUCUUAAGACAAACAGUUGGCCCAUCAAGCUCAACAGUGCAGCCAUCCUGAGGCAGGGGGCGCUAUAUGACCGUCAGGUGGAGGAGGAGCUGCAAAGAGUGGAGCGUCUGGUGGAGGGGGCCCGCGAGCCCUCGUCUUUCCUCCAGUGGCAGAAGGAGAUGCGUGAGAAGGACCUCCAAGAGGAGCUGGCCAGUAUUGAGCGCAGGCGUCUGGAGGGACGCAUCAGUUAUGAGGAGGCAGCUAUGGCUCGCACACGCAUAAUGGCACGCAACCAGAGGGCCGCUCAGCUGAAGAAGGAGGAGACAGCUCAGCUGAUGCGGAGAUAUGCUGAGAAAAGGUUGCAGGAGGAAAAUGAAAUGAGAGACCUGGUGCAACAAGUGGCAGAAGGCCACAAGAACUCAAAGACAGCUAAGGAGAAGCUCCAGAAGUUCAAGCAAAGCAUAGUGAAAGAAGUCUCAGAGCAAAGCCGAGAGCUCCUUCGCCAAGCACUAGAGGACGCACAGGCAGAGCUCAGCAGGAAAUUUGAAAUCAUCCUUGAAAUCCGCGCCAUUGAAUCCCUUCCUAACGUCAGAGUCAGGAAUUUUGACGACACAGAGACUGCGGGCCACGAGCUGCUGGGGGAGAUGUCCCUGGCAGAGCUGAGGGAACGGCUGGCCCUCCUAAAGGAGGCGCAGCAGGCGGAGCAGCAGGAGAAGCGGGAGCACAUCCUGGAGGAGAAGCUGCACAAGAAGCAGCUGCUGCUAGGGCAGCUGGACACCAUCGAGCUCCACAGGAGAGGGCUGGCACAGGCUGCUGCCAUCAGGAGAGAGGAGAGGAAAGCCAGGCUGGGUUUUCAGCAGGCGGUGACACAGGAUGAGAAGGUUUUGGCUCUGCAGAGGAAGCUCGAAGAGAAACAACAAGAGCGCCAAAGACUGAGGCAAAGCGAACGCGAGAAAGCCAGAGCCUCCAAACAGGCAGCAGUGCACACUGUCACAAAGACGGAGACACGCAACAGAAAAAGCUUGAAGGAGAAAACCUGGGAGGAACUGGAGCUGAGCUUAGAGCGUUAUAUCCACAGAGAUGCUCCUUAG